AUGGCGGGCCGCCGGGCGCCGGGGGAGAAGCGCUGGCAGCUGGUGCGCUGGUACGUGCAGGAAGGACGGUUCCGAAUUGAGGAGAGGACACUGACAGCCUUCCAGUGGCUCUACAACCCACAGCAGCAUCGCAUCCUGAGCCGCGCUGACCUAGAAUCUCCCUCCAGGAUCGACAAGACCAUGCUGGCGAGCCUAAAGGUCAAGAAGCAGGAGCUGGCCAACAGCUCAGAUGUGACCUUCCCAGACCAGCCCCUGUCCCCUCCUCUCACUGCACCUCCCACCAUGAAGUCGGCAGAGUUCUUCGAGAUGCUGGAGAAAAUGCAGGGAAUCAAGCUUGAAGAGCAAAAGCCAGGACCCCAGAAGAACAAGGACGACUAUAUCCCGUAUCCCAGCAUUGAUGAGGUUGUGGAGAAAGGAGGCCCGUAUCCCCUGAUUGUCCUGCCUCAGUUUGGGGGCUAUUGGAUUGAGGACCCAGAGAACGUGGGGACGCCGACCUCCCUUGGUAGCAGCAUCUGUGAGGAAGAAGAAGAAGACAGCCUCAGCCCCAGCACAUUUGGCUAUAAGCUCGAGUGCAAGAGUGAAGCCAGGGCCUACCGCAGGCACUUCCUAGGGAAGGAUCACCUAAACUUUUACUGUACUGGCAGCAGUUUGGGGAACUUGCUCCUGUCCAUCAAGUGUGAGGAGGCAGAGGGCAUGGAGUACCUUCGGAUCAUUCUCAGGUCCAAAGUGAAGACAGUGCAUGAGCGGAUCCCCUUGGCUGGACUGAGCAAAUUGCCCAGCGUCCCUCAGAUUGCAAAGGCUUUCUGUGAUGAUGCUGUGGGGCUGAAAUUCAACCCUGUCCUGUACCCCAAGGCCUCACAAAUGAUUGUGUCCUAUGAUGAGCACGAUGUCAACAACACAUUCAAAUUUGGGGUUAUUUAUCAAAAAGCAAGGCAGACCCUGGAGGAAGAGCUGUUUGGGAACAAUGAGGAGAGCCCAGCUUUCAAGGAGUUCUUAGACCUGUUGGGAGACACGAUCACCCUGCAGGACUUCAAAGGUUUCCGAGGAGGCCUGGACGUGACCCACGGACAGACGGGGGUGGAAUCCGUGUACACGGUAUUCCGGGACAGGGAGAUCAUGUUUCAUGUCUCCACAAAGCUGCCGUUCACCGAGGGAGACGCCCAGCAGCUCCAGAGAAAGAGACACAUUGGGAAUGACAUUGUGGCCAUCAUCUUCCAAGAAGAAAACACACCAUUCGUCCCUGAUAUGAUUGCUUCCAACUUCUUACAUGCCUACAUCGUUGUGCAGGUCGAGAACUCAGGCACAGAGACCCCGUCCUACAAGGUCUCAGUCACUGCACGGGAAGAUGUACCCGCCUUUGGCCCACCUCUGCCCAGCCCUCCUGUUUUCCAGAAGGGCCCAGAGUUCAGGGAGUUCCUGCUCACCAAGCUCACCAACGCAGAGAAUGCCUGCUGCAAGUCAGACAAGUUUGCGAAGCUGGAGGACCGGACGCGGGCCGCCCUGCUGGACAACCUCCAUGAUGAGCUUCACACCCACACGCAGGCUAUGCUGGGACUGGGCCCUGAAGAGGACAAGUUUGAGAAUGGAGGCCAUGGAGGAUUCCUGGAGUCGUUUAAGAGGGCCAUCCGUGUGCGCAGCCACUCCAUGGAGACCAUGGUGAGCAGCCAGAAGAAGCAGCACAGUGGAGGCAUCCCUGGCAGCCUCAGUGGAGGCAUCUCGCACAACAGCAUGGAGGUCACCAAGACCACCUUCUCGCCUCCAGUGGUGGCAGCGGCAGUGGCAAAGAACCAGUCACGGAGCCCCAUCAAGCGGCGGUCGGGGCUCUUCCCCCGUCUGCACACAGGUUCUGAAGGCCAAGGCGACAGCCGGACUCGAUGUGAUAGCGCAUCCAGCAACCCCAAGACCCCGGAUGGUGUACACCCUUCUCAAGAGAUAAAGUCUGAGGCCUCCUCCAAUCCCAGCUCUCCAGAAAUCUGUCCCAACAAGGAGAAGCCCUUCAUCAAGUUGAAGGAGAAUGGCCGAGCCAACAUCUCCCGCUCCUCCUCUAGCACCAGCAGCUUCAGCAGCACAGCGGGGGAGGGUGAGGCCAUGGAAGAAUGUGACAGUGGGAGCAGCCAGCCGUCCACGACCUCGCCCUUCAAGCAGGAGGUGUUUGUGUACAGCCCGUCCCCGAGCAGCGAGAGCCCUGGCCUGGGGGCAGCUGCCACCCCCAUCAUCAUGAGCCGGAGUCCUACAGAUGCCAAAAGCAGAAACUCCCCGAGGUCAAAUCUGAAAUUCCGCUUUGAUAAGCUCAGCCAUGCCAGCUCUAGUGCGGGUCACUAAUGUGAAAGAGGAGUCCUUCGCUUGUCAAAGGGAAGUUCCGGUUCUGUCUGGGAGAAGGCUCCUAUUCCAGCAGUUUGGGGGUGCCAUCCACUACUCUGACCAUCACAGGCCUGCUGCCCCACUGGCCACCUGCCCACCACUGUCCCAGUGUCCCAGUUUGGCCACACUCCCGCCUGUCCCCUUGCCAAGACACUCUGCGAGCACUUCUUCUCUGGCCAAGGCCUCGUUACACCGGCCUGCCCCUGCUCUGACCGCCCUAUGUGAUGUGUGUCUGGGUCAUUUGUCAUCUCAUUUUGUGUGCAAAGGAGAGUUGGGCAAGGGGAGGAUCCAGGUCUUGGGGAUUUGGUCUGGGCCUAGAGAGGCAGAGAGUUUGGUGAGGUGGGGAGUGGAGGCCGUCGGCAGGAUGCCACACCCGGGGAGGGGCAGCCGUCUGUCCUGGAUGAGGCAGGUCCAGCAAAUAUAGUAGGUGGGGGCUGAGGGACCACUUUUCCAGGAACCAAGAUUUGUAGCUGUCCUCCAAGAUGUCAUGGUAGAGAUCAGGGUGUCGCCUCCACAUUGUGCUUCCAUUCUAGGAGCUUCCCUCUUGCCCAUCCACCCACCUCAGGCCCUGCUGCCCGUGUGUUGUGUGUGCCGCAGCUGACCAAGACAGCUGCGGUGUGUGGACGUGGCCCCGCACUCUUCCUCCACGGCAGCCUGGUGGUGUUGCUGUGGGAGGAUCCCUGGGCCCGACUCUCCCCUCGGAGGGAUGUUUGCCCCAAGAAGGGGUAGGCAGCCUCCAGCAAGAAGGAAUCCAGAAAGAGCAAGCUGGUGAGCUGUGCUCUGGGGCCUUGACUGAGGAAGACCUUUGGGUGGCGGGCUGGGGUGGGAUGCAAGUCCCCACUCAUAUGAAGGCUCGUGGAAGAGUUACUUCAGCCUACCACUGAAGUCAGAGCUGGGGGGGUGAGGGGGGAUGACCUGUCUGCCUGGGUCGAUGUGUGGAUGCCAAAUGUAGGCAUGAGGAAGGAGCAACAUCCCUCUGUGGCUUCUGCUCCUGGCAUCUGUAGAGGGCCCAGUGCUUCCUUGGGGGCUCUUUCCAGCUGCUAUGCCCUUUGGCCUUGUUGGCACUUGGUCCCCUAGUCCCCUUUGACUGUGAGUCUGUAGGCAAUGGUCAGUUGGUGGGAUUUUUACAACCUGGGCCCUAGCUGGAUGCUGCCUGCUACCUGCCCCCUUGGCCAGAGCCAGCUCACUCUCCAGAGCAACCCCCCUUUGCCUGCUUGUCAUCCAUCCUUGCCUGCAGUGCAGAAAGUUGUUUGUAUGGACUAGCCCUGGUGGAGGUUAUGGCGGGUGUCCCCCCCACGUAAAACCGAGAGUCUGCAGAGCAGAGUGUUGGGAGUGUUGCAGCUUAGGGUGCACAUGGGGCCUCUGUGACCCAGGAUAGCCAGGGGGCCUCGGGCCGGGCUCCUGCCUCAGUGAGAAGAUGGUAAGGAUUUCUACCAAAUGUUUUAUUUGCACUGGCACCUGGGCCCAUCCUGAAGUCAGAGUGGUCUCAUGUCCAUGUUAUACUUGUUUUUGAUUAUUGUGAUCAUUUCCCCACCGCUUUUGCCAUCAGCACAAAACCUUGAUCCUUCAUCUCUCACUCACGUGGACCUCGUGGGACCCUACUGGCAGGCUGGGGGGACCUCUCCCCUCACACUAUUUGAGAAAUAUGUUUACUAGAAUACUAGUCUGGCAAAAUUUCUUCCAGUGAGGUCAACAAAUGUCUGUUUAGCUUUUAUUAAACACCGUAGCAGCACUCACUGCUGGAAUGAGGUCUGCAGAUUUUGGCAGCGUUCUGUUGGCCGGGUUUCUGAAGGACCUUGAAAGGUCAAACUGCAGUAAAAAAAAAACCCAAACAAACAAACAAAAAAAAACACAACUAUUCCAGGUUCUGGCUUGCUGCUUGGGUAGCUAGUAUUUACAGCUGCUUGGUGAUUGUGCUAUGUUGGGUUAGGGUCUGGGGUCUGGAGUUUCCAGGUUGUCCCACCCUGUUCGUCUUGGGAACUCCAGUGCCCCAGCUACUCCUACUGCAGCACUCACCUCCUGGGAGGGCUCUGCCUCUGCCUCUGAGCCAGUGGCCAGGGAUGCUGGGUGUGCUCAGGUAAGGGCAUGUUCUCUACAAAACAGACCUGAGAACUGGUCUCUGCCUUCUGUGUGCUACCUGGGGUACACUGGGCACGGUCUGAAAUGUCCCUCCCCCUGGGCCCUGUCUUUCUGUCUCUAGAAAGCCCAGCCCACUUAUGGCUUCUAGAGUAUACAUGACCAACUCCUAGGGCUGAGGGGGAGGAGGAGAACAGGGAGUGGGCAGUCUCCUCUCAGCCCUCUGGACCAUGGGGCAGGCAGCUUGGAGCCCUGGAGGCUGCUUCCCCCACUUUCUCUUGCAUCUGCUCUGUUCCAAAGUUUCCUUUUAUUGCUGCGCCCAAUCUUGGGGCUCAAAGAUUUGCUCGAGUCUCCUUGGUCCCUGUGACCAGACUCAUCCUGAUGGUGCUCAUGCUGGUAUUUGAGACACUCUGCUUGUGACACUCUGGGAGGAGAAACUAUACAUGUCAGGCUCUGUAGGGCACUGUGUGCCUCUGCUCAUUGGUGCUUAAGAGCAGAUGAGAUAGAAGAUCUGAGCUAGAGUUUUUAGUGAAUGGAAAAUGAUGAAUGAAUGAAAAGUGAGUGAAAAAUAUGUGGUUCAGCCUUGUCGACAUCAUGUCAAUGUCCAAGCUUUCUGGGACCCUUCGGACAUCUAAUCCAUUCAUAUUCUCAUCCAGCUGAGAAACCUCAGCCUCUGUGAGAGAAAAAAAUUCGCGGGAGGUCUCACAGCCAACAAGUGGUAAAGCUGGGAUUGGAACCCACAGCCCAGGGCCCUUCCUUUUACACCACUACACGGUUGGUUGAACGGGUGGCUGCAUUUGCUGGGUCCCUGGGUUCUGGAGGAGCCAAGUUAGCUGGUGCCCGGGCACCGGCUGGGAGCUGUGCGCAGCAAGGUAGGGCCUCAGUCUCUCUUCAUCAGGAGGGGUAUGGGUUCAGAUUCCCAAUGAGGUCCCUGGGGUUUUGGGUGCUGCUUGAGCAAAACAAAUGAGGAGGGAAGGAGAUUUCAGAACCGCAGUUCCUCAGCUCUGAUCUGCGAUGGGGGUGGAGGCCAGGGCAGAGGAGUUAGCCAACCCACAGUUUCUCCUUAAGUUCAGAAGAAAAGUGGUAACAGAAAACUGUCCUGUUCUCCCCGGUCCUUAAACAAAUGUGGUUAGCAAAAAGUAUAGGCUGCUGUGCCGAAGUGCGACGAGAGCCAGUGUCACUUUCUUACCCUGAUUGGUCAGGGUGCCAAUGCAAACACUACCUUCUUCAUUUGAUUCUGAGUCAACAGAGACAGGCUGUUUUUGGGGAACAGCCAGGGGCCAGGUGGGUGGCUGGGUCCUGCUUGGGAUGCACAGCUUCUCAAGCCUCUCGCUCGCUUUCUCCAAGGUGAGAGUGGGUCAGUGGGGUUUGCCAAGGCUGCCAAGGAACAUUCUGUAAGCCCACUGUGUGUUUUACCACGAGCCCCUUGCCCACCCCAACCCACAUCUCCCUCCUUUCAGCCGGGCCGCCUGGCCCUUUGGGGGGACGGAGACCCCACACUAGGGCCAAGGCCGGCAGAGCCCUGGUUGGUGAGAGGCUGUGGGGCAACCGCUCUGCCCUGGGGAAAGGGUGUUCAGCUGGAAGACUGGAAUUGAAAUGCCAUCAUCUUUGAUUUUGUACUAUUUCUACUUGGAACCGUCAGUUCCUCCUCGCUCCUUAGCAUGUGUGCCAGCUCUUCCCUGUCAUGGGCGUCACCCUUCCACACCCCCUGGGGCCUGACGCUCCAGUGUGAAGACGUUCCUCUGUGUGAUAGAACCUGCGAGUGUAGCUUGGAAAUGGUGAUCCGUGUGGUGACUUUUCUUUUUUUCCUCUUCUUGAGGAGGUGAUUUGUAGAACCCCGACUGCCUAGGUAAUGUAAAUACUGUACAUUUAAUUUAUUGCUAUGGUAGCACAUUGUAUUUGUUAAUGUAUAAAACAAAUUCUAAAAGGUCGACAAAUGUAUAUUUUGUUGCUUAAAUGUGUCUUUGCAAAAAUUGACAAUAAAUAACAUAUUUUGUGUCCA